ACACACACAUAGACAGACAGCCGCAGCUCAAAGACAUCAGCCAUGCAAGACCUACUCGUUCUCACCUUGAGCUUGAUGCUCCUCCUCGUCGCCAUGGUCGUCCGCCGGCAUGGGCAUGCAUCGAGCAAGGCAGUCUACACGCGCCUCGCCACCAGCCUCAAGUCGACUUUCGCGGGCUGGCUCCGGCAGCCAGCCAUCGUCAUCAGGGACCGCGCGACAGCGCACCGCCUUCUCGUCCGUGGCUGCGUCGGCGGCUCCUUCUCCAACCGCCCGGCAUCCAUGGCGCCAAGCUCAGUCCUCUCACACCGCCGCUACCACAAUCUAACCUCGGCGCCAUACGGCCCGUUCUGGCGCGUCGCGCGCCGCAACCUCACCUCUGAGGUUCUCCAUCCGGUGCGCCUCCACCGCUACGCCGCCGCCCGCCGCGACGCGCUCUGCGGUCUCGUCGCAGACCUAAGAGAGCAGUGCACGUCCAAACCCGACGGCCUAGUCCUCUCGGCGGAGAGCAUCCGCACCGCCAUGUUCGGCCUGCUCACGACCAUGUGCUUCGGCGAGGGCGUCGACGCGGGCCUCACCCGCGCGAUGGCCGACGCCCAGCACGACCUCGUCCAGUUCUUCCCUGAGCUGCGCGUCUUCGCGAAGUUGCCAGCGGUGGCUAGGUUGAUCCACCGCCAACGGUGGAGCAAGCUAGUCGCGCUGCGGCGGAAGCAGGAGGAGAUGUACCUCCCGCUCAUCCACGCCCGCCGCAGCCGGCAACGCAAAUCUGGCGAGACGCCGGCGUAUGUGGACACGCUCAUUGACCUCCGGGUCCCGGACGACCACAACAAACGCAGGCGGCCGCGUCGGCUCACCGACGGCGAGCUCGUGGGCAUGUGCUCCGAGUUCCUUGGUGCAGGAACUGAAACUGUGGCCGCGGCGCUGCAGUGGAUCAUGGCGAACCUGGUGAAGCGCCCACACAUGCAAGAGGCUGUCCGUAGGGAGAUCAACGCUGCUGUUGACGCGGACGCCGAGGAGGUGGGCGAGGAGGUUCUUGGGAAGCUAGAGUACCUCAACGCUGUCCUCAUGGAGGUGCUCCGGCUGUACCCGACCGCGACCUUGGUGUUUAGGCAGGUGUCGGAAAAAGACGACAUCAUUCAUGAUGGCCAGCGUAUUCUGACAGGCACCAAUGUGCUCUUCGCGCUGAAGUCUCUGGCGCAAGACAAGGCAACGUGGGCCGACCCGGAUGAGUUCAAGCCAGAACGGUUCCUAGCCGACAAAGGUGGGGAAAACGUCAACCUUGUUGCGGCCGCCGGAAGCGGUGGGGAGAUCAGGAUGAUACCGUUUGGUGCCGGCCGAAGGGUGUGCCCCGGCAUGGGCAUCGCCAUGCUCCACAUGGGAUACUUCACUGCCAACCUCGUUAGGGAGUUUGAGUGGAGGGAGGCGGAGGGGGAGCUGGCUGUCAAUCUCCGCCCGCAUUUCGGAUUCUUCACUGUCAUGAAGCACCCGUUGCGUGCUCACCUCGCUGUGCUUCCGCGGCGGGAGGGGAUCUCGAAAGGAGGAGUAAAUUCUCGAAAGGAGGAGUAAAUUAGACAUGAUAUACCAGCUUGUAAGAUUGUAAUUUCCUUUGUUGCAUGCUCAAAAUAAGCUUAACCUCUAUGUAGGGAUUGGGUUCUGAACACUGAAGCACAUCAUUCUCGGUU